CCUGCUCAGCCCUCCCCUGAAGAAAAAACUGUGACUGUGACCCACCGGAUGGGAAUAAAUGAUAAACAGACGGACAAGGAUAAGUUCCUGCAUACAGAGGUGACCAUCAGUAUGGCUAAUGAAAGAUUGGGGACCCUAGCAGAGGUCGUCUUUACCAUCCAGCAGGGAUCCUUCUAUAACUGUGUUAUGCCAGAAAACGUUGAGUCUCUGUGGGGUCCUAUCCCUCUAGGUCGUCUUCCACCAGGGGUAGAUAACACCUGCAGAGCAGUUUCACAUGGAAUCCUGGAUGAGAAAGGAGAAAAGAAACUGACAGUUUAUAUUAUUCAUUCAAUUCCUCUUCUUAUGUCAGCUGUUCAACUAUUUUGCGGGGGAAAGAUGGCGCUAGUGGCACAUUUAGUUGGUAUAGAUCAAUUGGGAUACGAGAAAGAAUUGGGAAUGACAUCAUGUGUGAUGAAAAAUGACAAGAGUUGGAGGGGUAUGUUAAUCAAGGAUAACGAGGGGGACUGGGGAGUAGCUGUAGCGGCCUGGAGAGGGAUGGAGAAGGGUCGACCCGGGGUUCCAGGAAAUGCAAAAAGAAAAGGGACACCUGGGGUGAAAGGAAACCCGGGACACUUCGCUCUUAAGUUUAUUAAUCUCAGGCGGAACCAUGCUAAACCUGUUUUUGUCGUACUUCCAACAGGGACCAAAAAGUAUACAUUUUGGGUGAACAAUAUUAAGGUGAAUUUAAAGAAAGGAAGUAUAACAGUUCCUCCCUGGGAGACUGAAACUGUUCAGAAUAUUGGUCUAGCAUUUGUUAUCUCUACUCUCUACCUCCUAGUUCAACCUAGGCCUAAGAUGCCGACGAACGUGAAGCGGGGUGAGAAGAAGGUAAAGCAGGUGUACGAGGAGAACGGGGACUGCACUAUGCUCUACGCCUGUGGUUGGAGCGAGAUAGAGAACCUGCCUAGUAACAGUCACAUCAAGCACCACUGCAGUGGCGGAGAUGCUGCUGGUUGUGUAGGAGACUACUCCGACUCAGGCGGAUGUGGAGCUUGCGGUGGUUGUGGCGGUUGUGGAGGCUGCGGUGGUUGUGGAGGAUGUGGUGGAUGUGGAGGUUGUGGUGGUUGCGGAGGUUAAUUAUGAUGUUGCUGUUGAAUUUAUAUACUUUAAUAUUGUUCACGUAUUUAUAGUAAAUUUUGAAGGUUGAAAAAAUUAACUAAAACCAAAAGUUGAUUAGAUUUAUACAACAAUUAGAUAUUUUUAGUAAUCAAAUAUUUAGGCUGGAAGCCUGAACACUGCACUUGCAGCAAAAAUACAAUUUUGACUAGAAACUUGAUAAAUGUUACUAAUUGUUGUUAUUUGUCAAAAGCUAUUUAAAAGAUCGUUUAUUACAUGGAAAAAAUUAGUUUUUGUCGCCAUAUUUUCGCUUUUUGUAAAAAUUAAUUGAGUAGCACAGCUUUGAUAUUUUAA